GCAUAAGAGGAAGUUAGCUGAUCUUUGAAAUCUAAAGAUGAAUAUUCGUUUGACGUUGGUAUUAAUUGCUGCUGCACUGAAAUAACGUAUACCAGGUUUACUCAGUAGCGGUAACAGUUCCUAAACGUGGUAGACCUGUUCUUGAAACCCAUAUUCCUGAACUUGGUGACAAUGAAGCGACCAUGACCGCUGGUUCAGUGUUUACGUCACAUCAUCCUACGCCUGCAGCUGAUCUCUUGAGCCGGGAAGUGGCCUUUAGUGUGCAGAAAGUUACUAACACCUUCCACGCCGUCACUCGCGUUCAUUUCAGGGACGUUUUGACUAACAUCGGUGGAUGCUGGGACCCCAUCACCAGUGAGUUCGUGGCUCCCUACAACGGUGGCUACUACUUCAUAUUUCAUGUACUAGGCGCUAGGCACAGCGACUUCACAAUGACUCUGAUGAAAAAUGGGGUGUAUCAAGUAACUGCUUACGGCACAGAGAAGACCUUCGAAACUGCAUCUAACUCUGCCUUCCUGGAGCUGCGUCGACUAGACAAGAUCUGGCUGAUGCUGCAGCAAGGCAGCAUUGAUGAACACCCUGGCAAUGAAACCUACAACACAUUUGCUGGCUUCCUUAUGUUUCCCUUGUAAACUGUGUAUUUCUGUGAUAAACUAUAAAUGAGACAAUACUUAAA